AUGGCUAGGAAGUUCUACGAAGACGAUGAAAUCGUUAUAACCAAACCUGGCUACAACAGUGCCAUUUCUGAUGAACUCAAAGAAAAGGAAUCCACCCAUGAAGUCAAAUUCGUCGAAGGAAUGGCCAUAAGGACCACCCCCAUCUUAGAAAAAUACUUAAACAGUGCUAGAGUAUUCUUACAUGAAAACUUGAUUGUUAUAGAAAGUGAAUUGGCUACUCAAGUCAGUGCUGCUAGAAAUGAAAUCAACUCCAUCAACGAUUCAAUCCAAUCACUGUUGAAAGAACCAGUGUUACCAAAUUUGAUCUAUAUCUUAACUUUCACAUUAUCAGCCUCAAUCUUAUCAGCUAAAAGAUCAUUACCUUUAAGAUUCAUUGCCCCAACAGCUUUCGGUAUUGGUGCCACCAGUUAUUUCAUGCCAAAGACCUUCAAAUAUGCCACCGAUCAAAUAGCUGACUACGAAAAAGACAAAUUCCCUGAGGUGUACCAAACUCAAUCGAAUAUCUUAAAAGAGUUAAAGGUACAAACUGAAAACGCCAACAAAUCCAUCAAUUCUUUGAACACAGAGUUAGCCAAUAAGAUCCACGAUGCAAGAAUAUAUUUAAGUGAUAUAAAUAAAUAA